UUCUUAAAUCACUGGGUGAAAAAGUAGUUUAGAGAACAGGAGACAAGAUGGAGGAUUUAGGGUGUUGUCUCUUGUCCUUCUUCUUCCUUCUUCAUGUUCUUCUCCUAGGGGUUUUUGGGUAGUAGUAAGUGAUUGGGUAGAAAAUGUCACAGUGCAGCACACAGGUGUUGGGUCAUUGGGUCACUAAGAAAAAUAGCUUAGUUGGCAUCUGUUAAUUGGGUAAAUGGACAUAUAAAAGACCUUGAAGAAGAUCUUUGUUAGCCAUUUUACCCCUUUUCUAUCAUAGUGCACAUAGCUCCUUGUACCUUGUAAUGCUGAUAAGAAAAAAUAAACAACUGAGACCGAACGAGAGAAAAAAAAACCGCCUCCCUCUCAUCAAUCUUCAGUUCAAAGGGAAAAAGAACCCAAAUCUAAAAGUCCCCUAAACAGACAAAUGGCUCCCAAACUUGGGGCUCUUUGAACUGAAGGCUCCAGUAAAAAAAGAAAAAAAAAGAGAGAAGAAGAGAAGACAGCGAAAAGCUGGAAAAAAGGAGAAGACAGCGAAAAGCUGGAAAAAAGGAGAAGACAGCGGAAAGCUGGAAAACUCCCUGGAAAGGGGAAAAAGAAGAUCUCAGUAAUCCCGGUGCUGGUGAGAGCGGACAAGCCAAGCCAGACGUCUGUGAGCUGUGGAACGGAUCACGGAUAGAGGAGCUGAGAGAAAGCUGACCCUGAGGUCAGCUUCUGCAGUGACUUAUGAAGUCAUCGCCUGUAAAUGGGAGUUUGAAACUCAGGCAAAGGACACUAUGGGUCCAGAAAAACAGAAGGGUUUGUUUCAGCCAGAUCCGGAAUGCUUAUUACCGCAUGCUGUAAAGUCUGUAUUAGACUUCCUGAAAUCUACCUCAGGAAUGUCUAAGCCUGUUGAAAGCCCAGAGAAACAACUAUACAGAGACGAGGAGGAGAUUCAAAAAUGCGGGCAGAAUUUGCAAAAAGGGGUCUUAGAGCUUUCGCAAGAGUGUCUGGGUUCUCUUGGAGCUGUUCCAGCAGCCGGUAUGCUGGUGCCGGCAGAAGAGGGAGGGGAAACUUCCUUGGCCGCCUGCGUGCCGGCAGCCGAGUCCCUUUCCGGCCCUAGGGGGGUGGAGGGGACAGCCCUGUCCCCCCUGGGAGGGUACGGGAGGGUUCGGCCCGACCCAGAGCGGUCCGGGACCUCCACGGGCACGGCGGCCCUUGCGCCCCGCCUUCCAGGGGUGGGCUUGGAGCCACAGCUGUCAGUCAACGUGACGUCAGCAGUGACGCAACCACAGCCGCAGCUCCAGACCCCGCCUGCGGCACCGCCCCCAGGCCAGCCCUCAUCAGGGGCGCCCGUGACGUCACAGGGAGGCGUGGUCCCGUCCCUCCAUGCCCAGCCCGGAGCCAGGGGACAGGCGGGGGGAGAAACCGAGCCUUGGCCUGCACCGAGCGCUGCGGCGGCACUUUUAAAAUUGAAUUCGCUUUGCAAUACAGCUGCGGCAGAGCAACAACAGCCUGAAAAAACAACGGCUUCACCACCGCAGAUAGAUUUACUGGACACCACACAAAGCCAAGAGUCUUUUGAGCAUAGCCGUGGUAAUGCACAGUUCUGUCAAUCUACAAAUCCUCCCACAGACAUGGACACAGGGUUACGAGACAUAUCAGUACAAAGUCCAACAUCUCUGGAAUGGUUUCAGAAAAAUAGCCGAAAAGCAAAAAUCAAAAGCAUUGUAAGAUGCAUUGCUAGCUGAUCUGCAAAUUAGAGCAGUCACAAGCUUCAGAAAGAAGCCCUUAUUAAAGUGCCUUCAAAAAUGGAUCAAAAAGUUUAAA